UCAUUUGCUUGUGUCCUCACCUCGCGCAAAAAGACGUCUUUGACCUCAACGGCUUGCCGUAGUGCGGCGAGCGCGUGACGCAAGAGCGCCGAACGGACUGCUGCUGCUACAGCCGCAGUUUUACUCUCAAGAUGGCGACGUCGGAGCCGCAGCGUGGAAGUGAAUCUGAAGAAAGUACAGCUGAGACUUCCUCACCUGUGGUUAGUAACCCAGAACAAUACAUCAAACACCCUCUACAAAACAGAUGGGCACUUUGGUACUUUAAAAAUGAUAAAAGCAAAAGCUGGACUGAAAAUCUGCGACUUAUUGCCAAAUUUGACACUGUUGAAGACUUUUGGGCAUUAUAUAAUCAUAUACAGCAACCUAGUAAACUUGGAUUUGGAUGUGACUACUGUUUGUUUAAGGAUGGUAUAAAACCAAUGUGGGAGGACGACAGAAAUAAGCUCGGUGGGAGAUGGUUAAUAACACUUAGCAAACAACAGAGACAUAAUGAUUUGGAUCGGUACUGGAUGGAAACGCUGCUUUGUUUAAUUGGAGAAUCAUUUGAUGAGGCUAGUGAAGAUGUUUGUGGAGCUGUCGUCAAUGUUAGACCAAAAGGUGACAAAAUAGCCAUCUGGACAGGAAACUGCCAAAAUAAAGAAGCAAUUAUGACUAUAGGACAACUUUACAAAGAACGUUUGAACAUGCCCUUAAAAGCUAUUCUUGGUUACCAGUCACAUGAUGAUACAUCUAGCAAAAGUGGCUCCACAACAAAAAAUAUGUAUACAGUUUGAAGAAUACUUUUGUUAGAGUUGCUGUAGGUUUAUAAAAUUAUUCAUCUGCAACACAUCAUUCACACCCUAAAAUGUAAACUACUGUUGUGUCCUUUUUUAACAUGUUUGUAUAUGUAAAAUACUCCUUCAACUUUACAAUAAAUUAACUGCAGUAUUUUUCAGUACAAAACAAUCAAUGAAAAUUAUUAGGUGAUUUACUAAAGUGAUCAUGUAAAACAAAUUAUGGCUGCCUGCCUGUUUAAUAUAAGAAGGACACUGUCAAAGACUCUUUUACAUUGAAAUACAGUACAUUAAUAUGCAUCUAUACAUUUUAAUUCAGUGUAUUGUUAAUCAGAAAACUCUUAAGGAGAUUUUAGUACACAUUCAAAUAAAACCGCCUUUCUCUUAAUGUUCUUUUGCUUUGUCUUACAAGAUACCUUCUAGACUCUGACAUGUCUAGUGUAUAUCUGAGAGAGUUCUAUUUAAAUCUGAGCAAAUUUGCAAACAGUUUCAUAUUAACAUUUUUAUGCCGUAUGUAUUAUAUAUUGUGUUAUGAAAAAAAUAAAUAGAAUUAAUAACUUGCUGCAGACAAAUGGUAAAAAAAAAUAAUGAUGAUAUGGUUCCCAAGUAUGCGACUGUCUUACAGCUGAAUUCAGUGAAUGAGUUUUAAAGUUUUCUGCUAAGGUACCCUAAGGUUUUUGACUGAAAUAGCAUUUUUGCUUGUAGGACUAUAUAAAAAAAAAUCUUUGUUUCCUCUCAAAAGUAUUUAUGGUUUAUAAGCAUUGCUGUGGAUUUUCUUAAGUUAAAGCAUUUAAUGAGACCAUUAUUUCAGGAAAUAUAUAAUAAAUGAUUUAUUAUAAUUACCAUCCCCCUUUUUACAAUUACAAUGAUUUUAUGGCGUUGCCAGUGUCUUUAGAGAACAUUCUCCAUUGAGUUGUAUUUCUUGCUGGUUGAAACACUACUUAAGAGAGAUGCAAAAUAAAAUGUAUUUAUUUUGCUCUAAUUGUAUAAUGGUUUUGAUUCUGUAAUUCCAGGAUGUAUAUUAAAUCUUUAAAGUAAAAGUUAAAUGCUUUGCAAAAAUUCUUACUGAACCCAAUCUUUUUUUUUAAUGUAUGCUUUUGCUUGUCUUUACAUUUUGUCUGCUUUUUGUUUUCUUGUAUUAGCA